UCCGGCCUUCUGCGAGCAUGAAACUUUCUGUAGCGCGUAAAUUCGCGAAAAGCGAAAAAUGUUAUUAACGAAUUUAAUAUUGGUCGAUAAAAUUUUUCACUCUUUUCACGAGUUCACUACCUAGAGGAAUAGAUUCACGAUCGGGCCGCUGUUGGUAUCUCAUGGCGAAGGCACUAGACACUACCCGUAAAUUUUGAUUCUCUCCGGCUUGCUCCGGCUCCGGAUGCGUCGUAUCGCGACGGGGAUUGACUGCUGCUAGUGCGAAAUUAAACUAAUUAACAUCGGGAAAAUGUCGGUUAAGAUAAGCGUGACUGGCUCGCCGUCAGUAGAAUUGAGCUCCUAUCGCGAUCAACAUUUUAAGGGCACGAGGGCCGAGCAGGAUAGACUCUUAAGGAACUCCUGUACCUUGUACGUGGGCAACCUGUCCUUUUACACCACCGAGGAACAGAUAUUCGAGUUGUUUUCCAAAUGCGGCGACAUCAGGCGCAUCAUUAUGGGUCUGGACAAGUACAAGAAGACACCGUGCGGCUUCUGCUUCGUCGAGUAUUAUCAGAGGGCGAACGCCGAGAAUUGCAUGAGAUACGUAAAUGGUACUCGCCUGGACGACAGAAUAAUCAGGACGGACUGGGACGCUGGGUUCAUCGAAGGCAGACAGUACGGCCGCGGCAAGACUGGGGGACAAGUGAGGGAUGAAUAUCGAUCGGACUUCGACAGCGGACGGGGUGGUUACGGUAAGAUAAUACAACAAAAAGUUACGCCUCUCGACGGUGGAUUCGGUCGGUGAAACGUUGUGUGAAUGGUCGUACAUGUGCGCGAGUGUUCAACCUGUCUCAUGAAUUAUUUAUAUGUGACUGAGGUAAUCGUAAGUGUAAAUAUGACAUUUAAAUAAUAAGCUUAUGUACCAAGCGGCGAUGAAUGCAGAGAUCGAUUCGUAUGUACGUUAAUGAAUUUCGAAGCUUUCGACAAACGUGUCUUACGUUGUAACAUUGGAGCCGAGGAAAUUAUAGAUUAGAAAUUUGAUUAACUUUUGGACAUAUUCACAAAUUCUGUUAUUCACUGAAGAGAUCAAUGUAUCGAUAUACGAGAGAAAUAGAGCAUUUUCUAUUGAAUAAA